CAGCGCGCCGCUCACAGUAGACGAGAUGAGCAGUAAGCGAGUGCGGAGGUUCAGACCUGCGCGCUGGUAAACCAGGUCGCCUUCGAAGCAUUGGAAACCAAUAUACAAAUAAUUUUGUAUAGGCUGCAGCUUUUCAUCCUCCUCAGAACUCUGGAGCGAAUAAAUAAAUGGAAGCAAGACAGGGCUUUUUAAUUGGAAUUCACUUGUUCUUAUCUGAGCAAAGAAAAUAAUGGGGAAUACAGCACACAAACAACUGUUAGUAGUGAACCCUCAGAGCCGCUCAGUUCCCAGCAGACACUACUACACUCUGCCCAGAACAUCUGCACCCCACGCUGGGCUCAGCCUGGAGCCCCCACGCUUCCACCCCCAGACCAAGGGCAAGAACAUCCGGCUGGACUCGCAGCUGCGCAGGGCCACGCGUAAGAACAGCUUUUGCAACGGGAUCGCCUUCAGCCAGCGGCCCGUGCGGCUAUACGAGAAGGUGCGGCUGCGGCUCUCUGGGGUGCACAAUGGCUGGAGUGGGGCGCUGCGUUUCGGGUUCACCAGCAUGGACCCCGGAGAACUGAGCCCCGCCGACAUCCCCAAGUAUGCCUGUCCCGACCUGGUGACCCGGCCCGGAUUCUGGGCCAAGGCUCUGCCGGAGAGGCUAGCCGUGAGGGACACUGUGCUGGCCUUCUGGGCUGACAGGCAUGGUCGCAUCUUCUACAGCAUCAACGAUGGGGAACCUCUCCUCUUCCACUAUGGAGUCAGUGUCACGGGACCCCUGUGGGCGAUCAUAGACAUCUACGGGAUCACACAGGAGGUCACGCUGCUGGAGAGCAUGUUUGCGGAGAGCGUGGGUUCCAGCCGGCUCAGCGCAGCCAGACUCAGUGCCUACCUCCCCCAGAGCAACCACGACUCAGCCAACUACAGCAACAACCAGCUCGAGACAAACCAAGCUGCCGCUGCCAAGAUCACCACCCUGCAGCUGGGCAACUGCCACCAGCCCCCUCUCUGCUGCUUCUCCUCAUCAUCAUCAUCAUCCCGGGGUCUGCGGGGCCUGCCCCCCUUGCUGGACACUGACCUGCACUUCCACCCAGUGCGGGGCUCGGACGUCAGCCUGUCUGCCGAUCGUACGGCCGCAUGCAUCCACUGGCUGGACAGCACCCGGACCCUACUGUUCACCGACCGGCCCCUACACAUUGGGGAGACCUUGUUUGUGGAAGUGGGUCACUUGGGGCUGCCCUAUUUUGGGACCUUCCUGUUCGGGGUGACAUCCUGCAACCCCGGGACCCUGCGGACAAACGAGCUGCCGGCGGACCCCGAGUUCCUGCUGGACCGCAAGGAGUACUGGGUGGUGUACAAAGGCUUCCCUGUGCCCAGCCCCGGGGACGUGCUCAGCUUUUCAUUGUGGCCGAGCGGAGAAGUCCAUCACGGGGUGAAUGGGGCCUCCCGGGGCAGGCUACUCUGUGUCGACAGUUCCCAGGUUCUCUGGGCCUUCUUCAGCCUCCACGGAGCCGUCAACCGCCUUCGGAUCCUGGGGUCCGUGCAGUCCAGCCCCUCGAACGGAUCCCCCUCAGGCUCCCCCAGAGGGACCCCUGAUGACAGCGACUCUGACCUGGCCUUCAGUAUCAACCGCUCGUCCUCAGCCUCCGAAUCAUCCCUGGUGACGGCGCCAAGCUCCCCCCUGAGCCCCCCACUCUCCCCAGCUUUCUCCCCCCCAGAGCUGCCCCCCAGAAGCAAGAACGGAGAAUGCACCGUGUGCUUCGACCAGGAGGUGGACACAGUCAUCUACACCUGCGGGCACAUGUGCCUCUGCAACGCCUGCGGGCUCAAACUGAAGAAACAGAUCAACGCCUGCUGCCCCAUCUGCAGACGGCCUAUCAAAGACGUCAUUAAGAUUUACAGGCCGUGAAUUUUAGAAAUUUCCCCGGGAGCUCAGCCUCGUUUCCCUUCUUUCACUCUCGCUCUGUCCCGGGAGGAAUGGGCGUCACACAUCCCGGCAGCUCUGACGGCAAGAGGGAAACCUCAUCCCACUACUUUAGAGUGAAAAUGGAUCCCCAGUGCCUUGACUGUGAUGCAGGAUGGAACUGAACCUCUGUUCUGCAUGCCCAUGAAGAUAUAUGAUGAUAUAGAGAGAUCUCACACACACACACACACACACACACACACACACAGUGACUUGCAAAAGUAUUCAGA